AUGGCUGGGGAACCCCGUUGGACGCAGCAGCGCUUUUUCAGACGGAAAAACACGAGUCGCUCCUGCCUCCCUUCCUCGCCAUUCCUUCAGGGAGGGAAAGCAGAGCAGAAAGCCACUGUAGAGCCGUGCGGGAGCGGGCACGACAGAGCCCAGAGUGUGUGGGAGAGGGAAGGGAAGGAGGAGUGGGAUGUCAUGGAUGAUGAGGACGAUCGCCAGCUGCUCGAUAUUUUGGGAGAUGUAGACGCGCUGAACGACUACCUCCACGGCAGCAACAGUAAAUCUAUCGGAGAGGAGGAUGUAAACAACGCUGCAUACGGCUCUGACAGCUCCUUCUUCUCCUCUGAUACGGUUCGUCUUUGA